AUGUCUCCGCCCGUGAGUACGGAGUCGCCAGAAAGCAAGCGCGCCCACUGCACCGAGUUCAAAUACACGCACAAGGAUGGCAAAGGUGUGGAGAUCUGCGAGCGCCUGUCCAUAAAUCGCCUGUCCGGACAGGCCACCUGGUAUCGCGGCGGGGAGGUUCGCAUCUUCCAUCAGGCGGAGGUGACGGGCGUGCGCUUCUCCGCCAGGACCGGCGACCCCUCGGGCGAGUUUCGGACCUGGCAGAGCAUCCGAGGGGAAGGCUUGUUCGAGCUUCUGCAGCGGAACGCGCCUCUCCUGCUCACACUGCUUCUAACGAUCCUGAACAUCUUCACUGCGGACCUCCUCAUAGCCGCGGUCCUCUGCCUGCGGCUCUGGCAGGUGUUCCCUUGGAGAGAGGGCGGCUAUGACAUGUCCCUGGGCCCGGACUACCGCGACCUGGUGGCGAGCUCCGCGCUGGCCUUCCUGAGUGCGGGGACCACCUUGCUCUCAGCCUGGUGGCUCCGGCUGCGGUUUAGGGUUUAG